UCCUGUUAAUUUAAAUCGAAUCUGAGGGGUCCGUUUUUGUCAUUUUUUCCACGAAUGUGGUGCUGGAAUCCGAAUCCGAAUUUGAAGCCAACUUUAUGAACGUAUAGAUAGAGCAUGACAUGCUUAUUAUGAAAAUAAAUCACCUAGGCUUGGCAGUUCAAAAAGAAAAUUUGCUUUAUUUUUUUCCAUAAGAUGAGAUGAGUGUCUAACGUACCGCUUCACUGUGAUUCUUGAGAAAGAAUGGUUCAGAGGGGAGUGCCGUAGUUAGCAGUCGCUCACUGAAGAUCAAAGCUCAAGCUUACCGCCUCUGCGGCUCCAGCUUUUCAUUUUUACUGCUUCAGCCUCGUCGUAGCCUCGUUCAAAGGGAGAGAUGGCAGACGCAGGCUUUUUCCGGGGUACAUCUGCUGAGCAGGACAACCGCUUCAGCGACAAGGAAAAGAAAAUGAUGAAGCAAAUGAGGUUCUCAGAUAACCUAACAAAGAAGGUCGACAUGACCCGCGUGAAGCUUGAUGUUCUGAAGCCGUGGAUCACCCAGCGGAUCACGCAGCUGUUGGGCAUCGAAGAUGACGUCGUCAUUGAGUUUGUCUUCAACCAGCUGGAAGAAAGGAACCCAGAUCCAAAGAAGAUGCAGAUCAACUUGACAGGGUUCCUCAACGGCAAAAAUGCUCGUGUUUUCCUGCAUGAGCUUUGGGGACUGCUCAGUUCAGCGACCAUGAAUCCAAGUGGCAUUCCUGACAGUUUCAUCGAACAAAAGAAGGAAGAGAUCCGGCGACGAAAUGAGGACCAGGCACGCCUGGAGCAGGACAUCCGCCGGCAGGUGGAGGCUGAGCGCGAGCGUGUCGAGAAGGAGCUCAAUGUCAGUCACGCCCGACGUCAGUCUCGCUCGCGGUCCCGGGAGCGGAGCGGGCGGCGGCGGCGGCGCUCCCGGAGCAAGAGCCGCAGCCGCUCGCCGCGCCGAGAGCGGGGCUCGGGCGACGGCGCCGCCCGGUCUGAUGAGCAGGUGCCCGAACAGGGCGCCACCGAACCCACCAACGGCUCGACCGCACAUGCUGCGACUAUGGAGGCGGCCGUCGCUCAGGCGGCUGAGGUUGCUGCCUCUCUAGCCCGAAAGGAAGCGGCAGCGUCUGAAAAUGAUAGGUCUACCGAUGCGCCAACGGAAGCCGCUGACAAGCAGGAUGCCACGAAAGAUGGAAAGGAAAAGUCAAACGUGAAAGCAGAGGCUGUCAAGGUGGAACCGGAGUCAGACUCGAAGAAAUCCGACGACUUUGAAAUAAAGAAGAAGGAGGACACCAUUCAAAAGAAGAGGAAGUAUCGUUCAAAUAAAGAAUCAGAUGUUGAGCUCGAAAAGAAGCACGAUCGCUCGAGGAGUGGCCGGGACAGAUCUCGCUCCCGAGAACGUCGCCGCAACCGAUCCGGGUCCUACGACCGGGAUCGGCGGCCUCGGGAGCGGGACCGGGAGCGCGAGAGAGACCGAGAUCGCGACAGGGACAGGGACCGCGAGCGAGACAGAGACCGCGACCGGCGCGUCAGGGACCGGGACCUCGACCGGGAGAGAGACCGCGACGGCGAUCGCGACAGGGACCGACGCGACCGGCGAGACAAGGAGCGCGACCGCGAGCCGCUGGUCCGCAGAGACAGGGAGCGGUCUCCGAGGCGUCGGUCACCGCGCAGGAGGUCACCGCCCCGCCGCGAGAGCAGGGAGCGUGUGGCUGCUCCGGCGCCAGUCCGUUCACAGCGUGCCGGGCGGCGCGGGGAGUCUCCGCCACCCCCGGCCACCAGUCGGCGGCCGGCGCCGUCAUCCCGCCGCGAGCCGGAGCCCUCGUCCAGCUCCUCAGGCGAGGAGAGCGAGUCAGAAGAGUCGUCGGCCAGCGCAUCCAGCGCGGAGUCAGAGGAGGAUAGGAAGCCCAGGCGCAAGAAGAAGAAGAAGGAAGUGUCCAGUAGCUCAGAGGAGGAGGAAAGCUCCAGUGAGGAGGAAGACGAGGAAGAAGAGGAGGUGGAGAAGAAACGCAGAAGUAGGAAACGCAGGAAGCCCAGCACGGACGAAAGCGAAUCCGAGGAAGAGGACUCCGAAGAAGAAAAACGGAGAGCAAAGAAAAAGAAAGAUAAAGCCAAGAAGCGUAAGAAGGAAAAGCGUCGCCGUCGAGAUGACAGCGAAAGCGAUGAGAGUGAUGACGAUGAAGAGGAUGAUAAAGAAGAAAGGCCCAAACAAAAAAGCAGUCGGAAGUCGAGACGGGGUGAUAGCGACGACGACGACGAUGCGGAUUCGUCGUCAAGUGAUGAAGGGAAUCUGGAGGAGUUGGAGAAGAAACUCCGUGAAAAAGCGUUGCGCUCUAUGAAGAGCAAAGGACAGAAACAUGAAUCGGCCAGCGAGUCUGACGAGGGCUCCUCGUCGGACGAUAGUGAGGAGUGAGCUGGUCUACCUCCACUGGGUGGAGUCGCGCUAUUGUGAACUCUGGGAGAUGUUGCAGUGUCUUGUGGGGAGGGUUGUUCACGUGUCGACGCGAUCACCAUUGGCAAGCAGUGUGUGUACUACCCGAAUUGGCCAUCGGCUGACCACAUUACCACACGGACGGUCAGUUCCCGCGCUGCGACUGGUGUCAGGCUCUUCCGUGCUCUUUGGACUGUGAGUGACGCCGCAGCAUUUGUUUGCCUGAUUUCGAAGUGGUCACGUUGUCUUGUUUCUUGAAAGUCAGUUUUUACACAGACCCCUGGACACUGAAAUACACCGGUCAUUGUCGUU